AUGGAUCAGGGCAACAAAACCUCAAAAGUCACAGAGUUUAUUCUCCUAGGCCUCACUGAGGAGCCAAGGUUAAAAUUAACUCUUUUCCUGAUUUUUCUAACUAUCUACAUGACAACGUGGCUUGGAAACCUCAUCAUAAUCAUCACUAUCACUAUUACCCAUCAGCUCCACACACCCAUGUAUUUUUUCCUGGCCAACCUGGCAGUCAUGGACAUCAGUGAUUCCACAGUUACAGCACUCAAGAUGCUUAGAGGUUUCCUGUCGCAAUCAGACACUAUAUCUUAUCACUGGUGCAUGGCUCAGAUGUUCUUCUUCCAUUUGACUGGUGGUUCUGUGGAUUUACUCCUUGUGGUGAUGGCAGUUGAUCGGUACAUAGCUAUCUACAAACCUUUGCAGUACGUGCUGAUCAUGAACCGAGGGGUUUGUACAGGUGUGGUGGCAGGGGCAUGGGCUGGAGGCUUUGUUCACUCUAUCAUCCAGACUGGACUUAUCAUUCAGCUACCUUUCUGUGGUCCCAAUAUACUGAAUAAUUUCUAUUGUGACAUGCCCCAGGUGAUCAAACUAGCUUGUACAAAUACCUACACGACUGAGCUGCUGAUGGUUUGCAACAGUGGAUUAAAUGUUUCAGUGAUUUUUCUUGUCUUACUCAUGUCAUAUACUGUCAUUCUGGUUAAAAUCAGGACACUUGUUGCGGAAGGCAAGCAGAAAGCCUUUUCUACUUGUGCUGCACAGAUUGUGGUCCUGACAUUAAAUUUUGGACCAGCAAUCAUCAUCUAUGACCGACCUUUCAAGGUUUUUCCAGGAGACAAAAUCAUUUCUAUGAUGUACACUCUCAUCACCCCAAUGCUGAAUCCUAUGAUCUUCACGCUGAGAAAUGCAGAAAUGAAAAAUGCUAUUGAAAAGUUAAGAGCAAAAUGUUAUUUGUAA